CGAGGCAUGUCGUGCAUGGGGAAAACGGCCUCGGUACACCCAAUCAGAACGCUUCCACCCUCUCCUUGCGAGGGUUGUUUCGCGAGACUGUGAGCAAGCUGAAGUUGUAUGUGUGAUGAUGGUUCAUUAGCCUUGACCGCCAUUCACCCCAUGCAUUGCCCUCCAGGGCACCCCACAAGCAAAUCUGGAGCGGAUCGGAGGCGUACAUGGGAGCGAUCUGUCUAGGCAUCCAUUGAGCGAGAGGACUAUCAACAUCGAGCUUGGGAUUCUUCCUCCUCCUGCACUCCCUCCGCCUGCAUCACCACCCGUCGGCCAUUUGCAUGCAGCUUCCAAAGGUCAUCUCAAACGUCGCCAGAAGCUUUGCCAACUGCUGGAGGACGAGAUGAAGUUCUCCCACAGUAUCCAGUUCAACGCGGUUCCCGAUUGGUCGUCCCAUUACAUCUCCUACUCGAAUCUGAAGAAGCUUAUCUACCAACUCGAGAAGCAGAUAAACCAACCUAAUGGCACCACUGGGAAGCAGGACGACGGUGAGUCUUCGCCCUUACUCACCCAGUCCGGCGCAUGGGACGAUCCGGACAAGCUCUUCACGAAGAAGUUGGACGAUGAACUAGAGAAGAUAUGCAGUUUCUAUCAGCUGAAGGAGCUCGAAAUCUUCGGGGAGGUGGAGGCGCUGCUCAAGGAUGUCGAAGAAUUCGAGGAGGAGCAUGCGGCUGGUGAAUUAGAGGGAGAGGGUCAUGGUGUACGAAGGCAGAGCAUGUGGGCUAGAGCCAGACAACAGAGCAUCGUUAAGGGUCUUCAGAACGCGUCAAAGCGACGACGCACUAGCACAAUGGGUACGCAGGGGACCAGUGAUAGCAAAAGAGCUCCUGCUCCGGACGUGGAGAGCGAGGAUGAAGACGACGCUGACGAAGGUACCGCGCUUACGAAGACCCAGACGCUGGACCGGCGACCAGGCACAAGAGGUGCCUCGGGUCCGGACCACGUCAGCGCAUCAGACUGGCACUCGUCUAAUGAAAGCAGACGGAGGGCUAGCGCAGCAUUCAACGAUUUCGGAGAUGAUGCAUUACAAGCGCUGUAUGACGAAGGUAUCACAUUGAAGAAGCGCGUCGUGAACUUGUACGUCAGCGUUUGCGAGCUGCGGUCUUUCGUACAGCUCAACGAGACGGGGUUUAGCAAAGUGCUGAAGAAAUACGAUAAGACCCUUGACCGAAAUCUCAAAACGCAGUAUAUCGAAGCCAACGUCAAGCCGGCUCAGCCGUUUCUGCCGAGCACGAUGGAUCACCUUUCGGAGCAACUCUCACGCGUUGAGCAUGCUUACGCGCGCAUCGUCAUGAACGGCGACAUCGAGGCGGCACGCAGGGAGCUGCGCCUGCAUCUCCGAGAGCACGUCGUAUGGGAGCGCAAUACCGUUUGGAGGGAGAUGAUUGGCAUUGAGCGGAAAGCACAAGCCGCCAAUAUAGGUUUCAGGCAUACUAUGCUAGGGCAGGAGACAGAUCCGAAGAAGGCGAGACGGCAAGGUGACGAGACCCAUGGCGUCACGAAGGAGGUUCGCACGCCGGUUGGUAAGUAUCAAUGUCCGCGAUUCCUGGUUGACAGCAGUUUUUGGAUCCUCGUGAUCUGCAUAGCGGUCUUUGCGGUGCUGUUGGGCGUACGCUUUAUGGAGAAGCCUGAGCAGCAGAACUGCCUGGCUAUGGUGGUCUUCGUCAGCUUGCUGUGGGCUACAGAAGCUAUUCCGCUUUUCGUGACGUCCCUGCUGGUACCGUUGCUCGCGGUGACGUUGAACGUCGUACGGCAAGAUGAUAAGCCACAUGCCCGGCUCAACAGCAAGCAAGCAGCUGGCUACGUCUUCGCCGCAAUGUGGACACCGGUCAUCAUGCUGUUACUGGGCGGUUUCACCAUCGCCGCGGCGUUGAGCAAGUACAACAUUGCCAAAAUGAUGGCAACUUUCGUGCUCAGCAAGGCCGGCACAAAGCCGCGGACGGUCCUACUCACAAGCAUGGGUGUAGCGCUGUUCGCCAGCAUGUGGAUCAGUAAUGUUGCGGCACCCGUCCUCUGCUACUCCAUCAUCCAACCGAUACUACGUAACCUGCCUUCAGACAGCGAUAUGAGCAAGGCUUUACUUCUAGGCAUCGCACUCAGCAGCAACAUGGGCGGUGCAGCGUCACCCAUUGCGUCUCCACAGAAUCUCAUCGCGCUCCAAAACAUGACGCCUCAGCCUGGCUGGGGCGUCUGGUUCUUCAUCGCGUUGCCUGUUUGCGUCAUCAGCCUCCUUCUCAUCUGGCUUCUCCUGCUGGUGACCUUCCGACCAGGCCGCAACACCACCAUCGUACCGAUUCGGCCUAUGAAGGACCGCUUCACCGGCAUACAGUGGUUCAUUACCGUUGUCAGUAUCGGCACGAUUGUGCUAUGGUGCUUCUCGAAUACCCAAGCGUUUCAGGCGUUCUUUGGCGACAUGGGCGUCAUCGCCAUCAUACCGAUUGUCAUGUUCUUCGGCACCGGUAUACUGACGAAAGAAGACUUCAAUAACUUCCUCUGGACCAUCAUCAUUCUUGCUGCGGGCGGACUGGCGCUAGGCAAGGCGGUCAACUCAUCUGGCCUACUUACGACCAUUGCCAUUGCCAUCACGGACCGCGUAGGCGGUAUGAGCCUUUACGGCGUCGCAUGCGUUUUCGCUGCGCUAAUCGCUGUCGUGGCGACGUUCAUCUCGCACACAGUGGCGGCGCUCAUCAUCCUACCUUUAGUCCGCGAAGUCGGUCUGGGCAUGAACAACCCGCAUCCCAACCUACUGGUAAUGGUCUCUGUACUUAUGGCAUCGGCGGCCAUGGGCUUGCCGACUAGCGGCUUCCCCAACAUGACUGCCAUUAUGAUGGAGGACCCACAGACCGGUCAGCGGUACCUGCAAGUCAAGCACUUCUUGACUAGAGGCGUGCCAAGCAGCGUUAUGGCUUAUGCGGUUAUUGUUACGGUUGGGUAUGGGCUCAUGCUAGUUGCUGGUUUGUAGGAUGUUCUAUAUGAGUCAAAGCUCUUCAUCCUGCAGUGGACUCGCGGCCACUCUUGUUGAGCUGCUACAUCGGCCAAUGUUACUGCGACUCAUAUAUUCACCCUUCCCACCUUAGGCAGCCCUGUAUAGUUCUUCCGGCGACAUUGCUGAUACACGCUCUCUGACGCUGGUCUAGGCGUCUCAGAUGACGAUCCAACAACCUCCGGUACGUUCCCGCUAACAACCUCUCAUACGGGCGUAACCAGGAGCAGAGACUGCAGCAACAGCUGCGCAGUACAAACCGAAACCCUCGGAGAUCUGCGCGACUUUUUGCUGGUUCCAAA